AUGGUGGGCGCGGAGGAGACGUUGUCGGAGAUCCGCCGUCUGGUGGAUGACGACGAAGCGGGAAUCAUAGGGAUCUACGGCCUGGGGGAAUUGGGAAGACCACCCUCUUGAAGUCCAUCAACAACGAGUUCCUCCAGAGGGGAUCCGGCCGUUUCGAUCUGGUGAUUUGGGUCACCGUCUCCAAGGAACUUCUUAUCCCGAAGGUUCAAGAGGACAUCGCCGUCCGGUUGGGCAACUCUCGCCCCGGCCAGAGCCAGGGUUCACCCUUUCCUGAGAAUCUAGAGGACAGGAUGAACACCUUGGUGAGGGAGCUCUCCAAGAAGAAGUUCCUUCUGCUGCUGGACGACCUGUGGGAGAAACUAGACCUCGGCGCAGUAGGCGUCCCCUUCUCCUCCUCUUCCAUCAGGAACGGAAGCAAGAUAGUCUUCACAACACGCUCCGAGGAAGUCUGCAUCAAGAUGGACGCUCAGCGGAAAGUAAAGGUGUCCUUCUUGGAUCAAGCACGCUCUUGGGAGCUCUUCUGCCAAAAGCUAGGAAAGGGAGAAGACCAGUGGGAUCCCCCCUCUGUGAGAUCUCUCGCAGAAGCCGUUGCUAAGAAAUGCGGAGGCCUGCCGAUCACUCUCAUCACCGUAGGCCAGGCCAUGGCGAGUGUCACCACCCGUGGCGAGUGGGAAAAAGCUCUCAUGGACCUGAAGAUGAUACCCACGGAGAUCGGAGAGAUGAAAGAGGUUCUAUCCCUUCCCAAGUUCAGUUUUGACAGACUGAAAGAUACAUCCGCCAGGGAGUGCCUUCUCUACUGCGCCCUCUUCUCAGAGGAUGACGACAUCGGUAUAAUCGAGCUCAUUGAUUACUGGGUAGGCGAAGGGCUGUUACAUAGCAGACCCUAUCCCGACUCCAUUGACAGAGCUCGUAACCGCGGCCUCGGUGUCAUCACCAGUCUCAAAACUGCCUGCCUGCUAGAAGACGGGGAGGUCAAAGGAAAACACGUGAAGCUCCAUGACACGGUCCGCGAGAUGGCGUUGUGGAUAACCGGCGGCGAAGGCGACGAGAAGGAGAAUGUCUUCCUGGUAAACUCAGGGGAGAGGUUGUGGCACGUGCCGACGCCGGAAAGAUGGACGGAGGUGAGAAGGAUAUCUCUCAUGCAUAAUGAGAUACGCGUGCUCGCCGAGGAGCCUCGUUGCCCCAAGCUGCAGACGCUGUUGCUGCACUUCAACUAUUCUCAUCUGGAGGAAAUCCCCCGUGGGUUUUUCCAGUUCAUGCCGAGACUUUGUGUUUUGGAUCUGUCGAUAACGAAAAUAAGGGUUCUCCCCCCGGAAAUCGGGUCACUGGUUGAACUGCGGUAUCUCGAUCUAUCACAUACUCACCUGGAAUCAUUGCCCAUGGAGGUAGGGAGGUUGACGAAGCUAAGACAACUGCGUCUGGAGGGCACCUUUGAGCUUACGAGUAUCCCAUGCGAGGCGGUCUCAUCGCUUUAA